AUGGCGGCUGGCUAUCCCCUCUCUGACCUUGCGUCGCUCAGGGCGCAGUUUGUGGGCAGGAAACUGACUGAGCUGCCCUCGCCGUCCAUCAUCCUCGACCGCAGCCUGGUCGAGAAAAACUGCGCGGCCAUGCUGCAGAUAUGCUCAAGGCUCGGUCUGGGGUUCAGGGCGCAUGUCAAGAGCCACAAGACGCUGGAGCUAGCUCGCCUGAUGGUCGGCGAUGGGCUGCAGGGCGUGCACGGGCGGGGUGCACAGUUCAUCGUGAGCACGGUUGCAGAGGCGGAGAAUCUGGCGCCGUAUGUGCAGCAGUGUCAGGAGCAGGGGCGGGAGGCUAGCGUAUGUCACGCGUUCAUGUUCAAUGCGGUGUGCUCUGCUGAUGAUGAUGAGGGGUAG